AUGUUUUCACAAAAUUCAAAUACAACCAGUUCAUUAUAUAUUAAAAAUGUGACAACAAUCCAUAGAAACUCGUUGCUUUUUGUGACGCAUACAAUUCUAAGAUAUUUUGCAGAUACAACAAGAACAGGUUCUGCUCAAUACCAAGAAGGGAUAACGUUAAAAGCUUUUAUUGAAGGUCUGUCCAUCUCCUUUUCCUAUUUUAUAUUUCAAAUAAUAUUAUUUUCUAUUUUCAGGAAUAUAUUCAAAUCCAUAUAUCAACCAAAUGCACUUUUACAAAAGAGAAAUUUUAACAAAAACUGGAUUACCACAUUGUUUAACUCUAACAUUAAUGAUUUCUUAUCCCAAAAAGGCUUGGAUGCAUUUUUCAUGUUAAGGUAUUUAAAGGUUUUAACAAUAUUUUUUUUUAUUCUUUCAAUAAUAAAUCUCCCAUUACUUUUGCCUAUACAUUAUCAAGCAAACGUUUCUAAAAAAACAUUAGAAAUGUUCAAUAUGUCAAAUAUUGGAACUGAAAAAAUGACAUUACAUUUUGUCUCUUGUCUUUUUACCAUAAUCUCACUUCAUUUUGUGAUGUACUCGGAAAUAUCUAAGACUAAACAAAUUAUUGAUAAUCAUAUUAUGAAAUAUAAAUACCAGAACAUACUCCUUAUAUGUGAAAACAGAACUACUGUCAUAGAUAUGAAUCAAAAAUUCUUAAAGAUUGGUAUUUUAAAUAGAAUUCAAUAUAUUGCUAAAAAUUACAAACAACUUUAUCUGAUAUGGAAGCGUAUAUACAAAAUGGAGGAAACUAUAGAACAGAUUGUCUUUCAAAUUUAUUUAGAAACAUAUUACCGAAGAAUUUUCACGAUAGUGCAUUCUUCUUAUAUUCGAAAAAUCAUUUACCGACUUAAGUGUAUAGGUAAAUAUGCCAUAUUUUGUCAAAAGACUCUUGGAAUCCGCCUAUUAUCCUUACUAAAAAGAAGUGGAAAGAAUUCUCUAGAAGCCAUCCAAAUAAUCUCUCCAGCAUCCAAUUUCAAUGAAUCAAAAUUUUUAUACAGUAGAUACAUGUGUUUGACUGAUCUCAUACAACAAUAUAAUUACCUUAUUGAAAAAUAUCAGUAUUAUAGAACAAGAGAUGAGAAUAAGCAAACUGCUGACUUAUUACCAAACCACGUGCUUAAAAACGUCAUGAUUUUAAAUUUUAAAACACCAUUUGAAGCAAAAUUGUACAAAAAUCUCAUUGAGGAUGAACAUUACACAACCAUCGCAUAUCAAGGUUUACACCCACAAGAUAUUAUCUGGAAAAAUAUGGAAUCCCAUAAUAGAGUGAUUCAUUUUUUAAAAGCCUCUUUAGCCAAUAUCUUAAGUAUAUUUGUAAUUGUUGGAUGGAUAAUACCAGUAGCACUAAUUGCAUCAAUAUCACAAAUUCCAUAUAUCACACUUUUCUUUCGAAAUUCAAAGGAUAAAAUAUUUGAGCCAGAUUUUCUUAGUAACAUCAUAAUGAUGAUUCUGCCAGUAAUAACAUUAAUAAUUUUAACAGAAGCAGUUCCUUUAAUAUUUAAUUUUUUUGCAUUUUUAAAGGGUUGUAAAUCAAGAACUGAGGUUGAAAAAGAUACUCAACAUUGGUUUUUUGCAUUUUUAUUCGUUCAUAUAUUCCUAGUGGUUACUAUAUCAUCAGGCAUAUCGUUUAUAAUAGAGAAUAUAUUGGAUAACCCAACCAAUUUUCCGACAUUACUAGCACAGGAAUUACCCAAAAGUUCCAAUUUUUUUUGUUCUUUUGUAAUAAUGAGAGGUCUUUCUUAUGCAGGUGGCAAUUUUUUACGUUUCAAACAACUUUUGUUGGAGUUACAUAGAAUAAUCUUCACUUUAUCACCACCACAUAAAAAACUCAAAACAUUAAGAACGUCAUUAUUAUUCCGAUGGGGAUCAAUAUAUCCAAUUUUUUCAAUUUUAAGUUGCAUAACUCUAAUCUACAGUGUAAUAGCUCCUUUAAUCCUACCAUUAGCUUGUAUUUCUUUUUCAAUAGUCAAUCUAUCAUUUCAGUAUUUAUUUAUCUACGAAUACAACACAGAGAAUAAAUCGGAAACUUUUGGAAAAUUAUAUUUACAUGGAUUGCUUCAACUUUAUGCUGGAAUGUAUUUCCUCGAACUAUGUUUACUAGGAAUAUUUUCUAUUGGGAAUCGUUAUGAUCUGGUGAUAUAUAUGCUGAUUCUUUUAAUAUGUACAGCUAUUGCACAUUCAAAAUUCACUAAACAUUCUGCUUAUGAAUUUUCGCUUACAUCUCUUCAAGAUAAUGAUAUAAAACCGACAAAGUCUGAAGAAUAUGUAUCUAUAAAUAAUUAUUUUCAUACAUACCAACUACCAAACAUUGAUUAUACCAAAAACCUUAAUAAAAUAUGGAUACCAUAUGAUGAUUAUGGAGUAGCAAAUGAACAAAAAGACACUUUGUAUAAACUGUUUGGAUUAAUAUGUGAUAUUGAUAAAUCUUACAUGGGUGAAGAUGGUCAUAUAAACUUUUAUAACUAA